GCAAAUUUUUGUGGAAAAUAAUUUUGGCGCCCAACCAAAACCCUAGAGCAGCAGUCUAGCAGAGCCUUUAUCAGUCUCCAACUCCUUUUCUACCGGAGCUAAGUAAACAUCAAUUAACCGGAAAAUAUGUCAGGCUUGAGGUUCUUCGUUGAAAGAACCGGUGACGGCGCCGGGCAGCCAGCCCUCGACGCCGACAACGGCGAGGAACUCAUGCACGUUCAGCCUGGAACCGCCAUCGUUCUCGGCAGCCGCCAGCCUGAGUCCCCUGGCACUCUCUACAUCACAACUAAGCAAGUGGUGUGGCUAAGCGAUACAGAUAGGAGUAAAGGUUAUGCAGUUGAUUUCUUGUCGGUUUCACUUCAUGCUGUAUCUAGGGACCCCGAGGCGUAUCAGGAUCCUUGUUUAUACGCUCAGAUUGACAAUGGAUUGGAGUAUGAUGAAUCAGAAGGCUCCACUGAUGAGGGUGAUGAGUCAUCAGAUUUAUCAAGGAUCACUGAGUUGAGACUUGUGCCAUCGGAUCCUAAUCAAUUGGAUACUCUCUUCCAGAUCUUUUGUGAAUGUGCUGAGCUUAAUCCUGAACCAAUUGAAGGGGAGGAAGAAGAACAUAAUUGGAUCUUCAGUGCAGAUCAGCUGGAAAAUCAGGAAGCUGAGGAAGAAUCUGAAUGGACGUUUUCUCAAAAUCUGACACAUUCUAUUGGUCAUUCAAAUGGAGAUCACGACUUAGCUCAUAAUGUGCUUCAGCUUCAAAUUAAUGAUCAAAGGUUUGAAGAUGCGGAGGAAAUGGACAGCGACAGCAAAAAUGGUCAUCGCUAAGGCGUCACCAUUCUGAAUCAGAUUAUCUUCUUGUGUAUCAUUAUAUCUCACAACGAACUUUUGAUGUAUAUUAAAGUGUGUCAACCUGGUCCAGUUUCUCACACUUCAGAUGUUCUUCCGGAAAUGUUGAUUUAAAUUUAGAUCUUUUGCCCAAAAAGAUUACAUGAUAUUCAGGAAUUAACAGUUAUUGCAUAUCAAAACUUAGUGACCUGUGAGUAGUGCGAGCCAAGACCACAUAGCUUAAGUUGAAGGCAGCUUUUCUUGGUGUUUUUCCUGUCUUGUGCCCUUCGUUUGAUUUUUUACCUGGGUUAUGGUAAUGACUUUAAAACUUCCAGGGAUAUCUGUGUGUAAACUUCAAUCUAGUUACUCAGUAUCUCGC